UAAGGAAUUACAAGGAUGGUCCGGUAUUUCUCUUUCACCCAUUGAAAACAAUAUGUAACAAUCUAGUCACUUAUUAAAUUAGUUUUUCCAAUAACUGGCCCCAAAACACCACCUAGAGCAGUGGGGCGCCCGGGGCGCCUCAACAAUUUGGUGUGAAAAAUAAAUAAACACAUGAUUCUCACUCUCAGACAACCACACACACACAAUCAAAUCCUAAUGUAAUGUAAAGAUGAAAGAGGUGAUUAUUAAUAAAAAAAAAGGGGGGAUAUAUUCAGAAGUCUGUAUUUUUAAUGUGUUUUAAAGACACCUCCAGGGUCCGAGGUUUGAGUCCCGCUGGGGCCCUGUGUGUGCGGAGUUUGUAUGCUCUCCCCGUGCUGCGGGAGUUUCCUCCGGGUACUCCGGUUUCCUCCCCCAGUCCAAAGACAUGCACGGUAGACUGAUUGGCAUGUCUGAAAUGUCCGUAGUGAAUGAAUGGGUGUAUGAACGUGUAUAUGAUAGGUUGGUACCCUGUCCAGGGUGUACCCCGCCUUGUGCCCGAUGCUCCCUGGGAUAGGCUCCAGGUUCCCCGCGACCCUGAAGUAUAAGCGGUGUAGAAGAUGGAUGGAUGGAUGGAUGGAUGGAUUUCAAUGUCUGGACAAGUAGGAAAACGUUUUUGUGAUUUAUGUGAGGUGUAUUUUGUCUUGUGACGUGUUUAUUUACCAAAAUAUAGAAUUAUUUUUUGCUUGUUACAUGAAUAUGCAACAGCGUGAUUUAUAAUGUAAAUGUUUUUUGUUUUUUAAGCCAAACUGUUAGAUAUCAAUGACUGUGUGGUAGAGAUACAGAAGCUUGUCGAGUUCAUUAAACAUCAGUGCGUCGUGCCGAUGACGUAACGGCGUGAUGACGUAACGGCGUAAUGACGCAUUCCGUCCCGCGCGAUUUACAAAUGCCGGAAGAGUUGACAAUACCAAACACUAUAAAAAAACAAAAAAACAAGAACAACCCAACAAGAGUUCUGGUUUUCGUCUGAUUAGAAGAAGUUAAUACCAGGAUGGUACAAGAGUUUCAUGUAUUGAGGUGCUUUUCUUGUCGGACAUUUCAAGUACAACAGGUCAAGAAGAGCAAAAAAUGGAGCUGCAAGCUGUGUGGGGAGAAACAGUCGCUUAUCAAGGAAUACGGCAGAGGAACCGGUGCGGACUGCAGACGCCACGUACAGAAACUGAAUUCGUUGCGCGGAGAACUGCUAGAGGUGGAAACCGAAAGAGCCCGGACUCGGUGGGAGGAGGAGGAGGAGGAGUGCGGCGUCGAAGUCGGCCCUGGAGAUGAGACUCAAAAUUUGGAGCAGAAGACACGGGUCGUAAGCCGCUGGAGUAAAUAUGUGGACCGGGGAGAGAAUGGGCCAGAAGGUGAUGAUGAGCAUCAGGAGGAAGAAGAGAACGUUUACACAGACACGGAGCAGUGCCGUCAGCGUAACAUCAGAAAAAGGAAGAAAAGCAGUACUUCAGGGGAUGCUCGUGGACGCGGUACUGCCGGUGGAGAUGAGGACGCGGACGCUGCUCGUUGUGGGGCUAUGCGACUGCCGUCUCAGCCUCGUCGGCAUGGCGACACCGUCAAACCGUCGCCUCUGGUAUCGCACUCUUCAAAAGGAUUCCCACGCACCAGUACAAGCCAGAGAACUGAUGCUCUUUGUUGUUCUCCGGCUGCAUCACUGGGCUCGGAACACAUUAGCGCAUAUAAUGGUUCCCAGUCCUCCGCUGGAGCAGAUAAGCAGUCUUCUGCAGAGUUAAGCACAAUGUCUCUUAAGCCCUCGGUUCCCUUAAGCAGUUUCUUUGCGACAUCAUCCUUUCAUCAGCAUCCCACCCAAUCUAAACCGCAAGCCAACGACUCCAAGUGGGCCCGAUUUCUCCCGUCCGUCUGCGUCGAAGACGACGAGGACGAGGUUCCACUUCAAAACGCCGGAAGCCGUAUGAGCAGUGGUGGGAGCGAAGGAGCUCUGGUGGCGAAGGUGUUCAGUGUGGAGAAAUGUAGGGCUGGAAAUGUGUACGAACUGCCUAGCAGUCCAAACAUCACAUCAAGACCUGUUGGCUCUCACAAGCCACUACCUACCGCUAAAAGACCGUGUCCCGCCCUUUCUUUUAACACAUUAUUCCAUACAAAUGAGGACUUUGACGACACGUAUUAAUCCUUCACUAUUGGUGGUGUACUUUACAGUAGAAAUGGACAAAUAGCAUUCUGCGAUCGUGACCAGCCUUGUAAUGUUAAAAAAAAAAAAAAAGUGACACGAUAUACAUUCUUUCGAAUAAAUCCACACGGUUUGAGAUAUUUGCAGACAAUUUAUUUGACA